AAAUUCCCGACGUCUGUGAAACCACAAUCACAACCGUAACCACUUUUGCCUACCUCUCUAUAUCAAUACAUCUCUCUCUCGCCAACGUUAACACAACGUGACGGAGAGGCAAGAGAGGCUAAGAUGGCUGAACAACAAUUAGGAGUGCUAAAGGCACUCGAUGUUGCGAAAACGCAACUUUACCAUUUCACAGCGAUUGUCAUCGCUGGUAUGGGUUUCUUUACUGAUGCCUACGAUCUCUUCUGCGUCUCCUUGGUAACCAAGCUUCUUGGUCGUCUCUACUACUUCAAUCCAUUGUCCGAAAAGCCUGGAUCACUUCCCCCUCAUGUCGCGGCUGCAGUUAAUGGUGUGGCUCUCUGUGGAACUCUUGCUGGUCAGCUAUUCUUCGGAUGGCUCGGUGACAAACUCGGACGGAAGAAAGUGUAUGGUAUCACUUUGAUCAUGAUGAUUGUGUGCUCUGUGGCUUCCGGUCUCUCUUUUGGUAACAAAGCGAAGGGUGUCAUGACCACUCUUUGUUUCUUCAGGUUUUGGCUGGGAUUUGGCAUUGGAGGUGAUUACCCUCUUUCCGCUACCAUUAUGUCUGAAUACGCUAACAAGAAGACUCGUGGGGCUUUCAUCGCUGCUGUUUUCGCCAUGCAAGGUGUUGGUAUCUUAGCCGGAGGUUUCGUAGCACUUGCUGUCUCUUCCAUUUUUGACAAAAAGUUUCCAGCUCCAACCUAUGCAGUCGAUAGGGUUCUCUCAACCCCUCCACAAGCUGACUAUAUUUGGAGAAUCAUCGUCAUGUUUGGUGCUCUACCCGCAGCCUUGACUUACUACUGGCGUAUGAAGAUGCCUGAAACUGCUCGUUACACAGCUUUGGUUGCAAAGAACAUCAAACAGGCUACACAAGACAUGUCCAAGGUGUUACAAGUGGAACUUGAGAUGGAGGAAAGAGCAGAGGAUAUCGUUAAAGAUCCUAGACUUAACUAUGGCUUGUUCUCCAAGGAAUUUGCCAAACGUCAUGGUCUUCCCCUCCUUGGAUGUACAUCCACUUGGUUCUUGCUAGACAUUGCAUUUUACAGCCAAAACUUGUUUCAAAAAGAUAUAUUUUCGGCUAUUGGAUGGAUCCCAAAGGCAGCAACCAUGAACGCAAUCCACGAGGUUUUCAUGAUUGCUAGGGCACAAACACUCAUUGCACUUUGCAGUACCGUCCCCGGCUAUUGGUUCACGGUUGCAUUUAUUGAUAUUAUGGGAAGGUUUGCGAUCCAACUAAUGGGAUUUUUUAUGAUGACUGUUUUUAUGUUUGCAAUCGCCUUCCCGUACGACCAUUGGAUCAAACCAGACAACCGUAUCGGCUUCGUUGUUAUGUACUCUCUCACCUUUUUCUUCGCCAAUUUUGGUCCAAAUGCAACCACCUUCAUUGUACCGGCUGAAAUCUUCCCAGCCAGGCUAAGGUCCACAUGCCAUGGAAUAUCAGCUGCAACAGGUAAGGCUGGAGCCAUCGUGGGAGCUUUUGGAUUCUUAUACGCAGCACAGCCACAGGACAAGACCAAGACAGACGCAGGAUAUCCACCAGGCAUUGGAGUCAAGAAUUCUCUGAUCAUGCUUGGUGUCAUUAACUUUGUCGGUAUGCUCUUCACCUUCCUUGUUCCUGAACCCAAGGGAAAGUCCCUUGAAGAGCUCUCUGGUGAGACUGAGGUUGAGAAAUGACCACGCCGUAAUAUUUUCUAUUGUAUGUGUUAAUUGUUUGUGAUGAUCUUCUUAUACUUGUUACCUUUUGUGAUAAUUGUAAUGGAAUCCAUGCUUUUGUAUAAUUCGAUCAAUUCUCAAAGAUAUGAUAAGAAGUAAAUUUG